GCCUCCUCGUCGUACUCGAUAGUGAGGUCGCUGGUCGACUUGAGAAUGGGCCCGCUGUUUCUGCCAACCCAUCCCAUCACUAUGCUUGUCAUUCUUUUAUGCCUCGUUCUUUCUGCCGUUCGCGCUACUGCCUCCAACGUCUCUGUACAGUUCCCUCUCUCGGACCAACUUCCUCUCAUUGCCCGCGUCAACCAGUCCUACUCUUGGUCUUUCCUGCGCGAUACAUUUGUCUCGUCGCAGAAUAGCUCGCUGCAGUAUACGACAUCCACUCUGCCGGCAUGGCUGUCCUUCGACAACUCGACCUUGACUUUCUCUGGCACGCCCUCGUCCGACGACGAAGGCACCCCUGGUGUCCGUGUGACUGCGACCGAUCCUGCGACCUCUGACUCUGCUUCGUCGUCCAUGACGCUGUGCGUGACGUCGUAUGCUCCUCCCCAGCUGAAAAUACCGGUCGCCCAGCAGUUUUAUGCCACUAACCCGUCUCUCUCGUCGGUCUUCCUUCUCUCACAAAACUCGGCCCUGAACACUUCUCGUCCGACUCUGCGUAUACCGCCGAGCUGGUCGUUCAGCAUUGGUUUUCUCGCGGACACGUUUGUCUCAGAUGGAGAUGUUUACUAUGCAGGUCUGCGCGCUGAUGGUUCUCCUCUUCCGUAUUGGAUGGUGUUCAAUCCGGACGUACUCACUUUCGACGGCGUCACUCCGCUAGCUGACAACUCGUCUAGUCCACCGACAGUGUCUCUUUCCAUGUACGCAUCGGAUCAAGAGGGCUACUCUGCCGGCUCUGUCUCCUUUGACAUCGUCGUAGCUGAUCAUGAGUUGUCGAUGACGACGCUCUCCCUGCCUACCAUCAACGUGACUUCUGGCGAUGCGUUCAAUUUUACUCUGACCUCGCCGGAUGACUUUGCUGGUGUGCUUCUGGAUGGAAAGCCCGUCCAACCAUCGGACAUUAUAUCUCUGAACAUCGACACCUCAAGAACAAACGGCUGGAUCAAGUAUGACUCUGGGACGAGAACACUGAGUGGAACAGCCCCGAACGAUUCGAACGACAUCGAUGAUGGACCUGUCUUGCCGGUAACGUUGACAGCAUCGAUCCAUCAAAGCAUCCAAACCAAUGUCUCCGUGGACUUCGUGCCAUCUUACUUCACGGCAGCUACGGGUCAACCUCUCCUCGUGCUUCCUGGUCAGAACGUACAGUUCGAUCUUGCGCGGUACUUCUCCAAUAGCUCGGACCUGGGUACUGGGAAUGGAGAUGUCAACUUGACUGCGGCGUUCGACCCUGCUUCGGCGAGCGCGUAUCUCUCCUUCGAUCCGAGCUCGUCGCAACUCACUGGCACCAUCCCUUCGAACGUGUCGGCGAGCUAUUCACACAUAACCGUCACAUUCACUGCCUAUUCUCACGUCACGCACUCAACGUCUCACAUCAGUCUCCCCGUUUCCCUGUCGAACUCGGACUAUGCUCAUCAGCAAACGGGAGGAGGCCUCUCAGCUGCUGUUCUGGCUCUUAUGCGACGCUACGCUCGCGUACCGGAUACGGCUGUUACUGGGGAAGAAGGAACACGUGCGUGGACUACAGAAGAGAUGAAAUGGUACGGCAUCGGCAUCGAGGUUGACGGCAGGGUCACCGAAGGGCCAAAGACAGAGUACGACACUACCAAGGAGGCGGCACCCACGACUAACAGGGAAGGGCUAGGCUUCUCAUUGCAACAGGUUCUUUCGCGGACGCUGUCACAUCCUCGUUCAAUACUCAGUGCGAGGAGUCCUCAAAGCCCCGGGUUCAUGCGCAAGGGCGAAUUCCUCGGCAAGAUCAAGUCCACCGCACGCAUCGUGAGCGACAAGUACAAACGUAGCCUGGGAAAGCAGCGGCGUCCGGUCAUCUCGAAGCCUACCUUGAUUAUGACGAGCGACCACCGCGUGAGCGCGAUGACGGGCGUACCUGUCGAGGGCUUGCCGUUCACGUUCGGUCAGAGCUCUUUGGGGCCGCCAAUGGUACCUAGUGCAGUACCUCUGCCGUUCGAAGAUAUGGGCCUCAGUCACUAUGGUCCUAGUGGUUUAUCUAGCCUUGCUGACUCUCCAUCAUCGUCAACUGGAGAACGCUCAAUCCCUCGCCGGAGGGCCGAUUUUGGACCUCCGAAGGGUGCAAAAGAACUGGAGACGCCCCCGCAAGCUCAUCUCGCCGGCAAAAGCAACCAAAGACGCUCUGCCGAUUCUGGAGCCUCAGCUUCGUCGUCCCUUACGUCUAACUCAUCCUCGAAGACUCACGAGGCGGAGGCUAUCGUGCAGCGCGCGGCGCGUGCCACGAGCGUGCGGAGCGGGAUGUCAGUCAGCUCCCCGCGCAACAGCGAGAGAGGGUUUGACUCUGGUCGGCCGCGUUUGGUGCCGUUUACCAGCUCGAGCCGCGUACCGGUACCCAAGCUCCCAUCAGGCGCGGUUACCGCGGAUCCCGACGCCCCGAUUGGCGGUGCGGUGCAGACUGCCACUGGAGGCGCGCGGACGAAGCGCGUUGUCAGUCAGGUGGCCAAGGUUUUCAGGAAUGCUGCUGGUAUUGAGCGUAAGACCGUGAACGAUGACGUGGAGAAGAGCCCGCGCCAGGGUCAUCCUGCUAGUCCGUACGCACGAUCAAUCGGCGAUGAAUUGCACAGUGCUGCCUCUUCCGCGCGCUCGCCUUCGGGUUCAUUCUCCGUAGAACUGUCAACUCAUGGUCAGGAGAUCGCGUAUAGCCCAAGCGGGAAGAUCCCCAUCGUACCGCGUAUGCUCGCACGCAGUGGAGAGCAGUUCAAGUUCCGCGUGCCUGUAUCAUACAGCGCCGGCAGCCCGCUCAACGGGACGACUCAGCGGAAGCCUAAGAUGCUCGAGGCGCGGCUCAUGUCGGGCAAGCCGCUGCCGAAGUUCGUCAAGUCGGAUCUGAACACGGUGCCGGGGACGUCGGGUGCGCGGGUGGAGAAGCGCGUGGUGGAGUUUUGGGGCGUCCCGACGGCGCGGGAUACGGGCGAGCUGAAUAUUGGUAUUUAUGAGCGGGAUGGGGACAAGUGUGUUGGACGGGUGAUCAUACAGAUUGUUGAGAGGAGCUAAGCCCUCUCGCGUGUGUUAUAUCUCGAAUUAUUUCUCCGAUCUUUAGACUGUUCGGACGUGAUGUAGCAAUAGCCCUGUUGUAUCUCUAGAUGUGCCUAGAUUGUCAUUGUACUACUAGCUGAA